AUGGAGAGGGCCAGCGGCAGAUCCGCUAUUCUCAAUCCAAUUUCAACCAAAAAGCCAUCUGCAGACAAACCCUUUAUCCCCCCGCCACGAAAGGAUAGCCGCGCAUCGCCCGCUCAGCCGUUGCAUACUGCCACCAAGGCUCCGACGACUAGUUCAAAUAUACCAAACGACAUGGGCUCGCCAUUCAGAAUUGACACUUUUGAUUUCGCAACAUCUCAGAGCGGUAUCCGGGAGGGCGGUCGCCACUCCUCAGGGUCAAAGAGCGGGUAUCAUGAAAAUACCCUUCCAGCAUUGCCAGUCGCUUCGCCAGAUCAGUCGCCACCGCUCCGUAGCGACGCCCGGAUACAGGACGUUCCAUUAGAACCGGAUUAUAGCAAGCUGAGAAGCCUAGAUCUAGAUCCGCAACCUGUCAGUCGGUUCAGUAUGACAACUUUCGCGACUACCGAAGCAGGCUCCCCGCCUGGAACGUCACGACCCAGCGAGGAGAAAGAUAUCCCGGCUAUCCCGAGCAUUCCAGCAGAUAUCGUGAUGAAAGCUACCAGAAUCAGGGCACGGAAACCCACUCCAUCUCAGCUAUCAGCGUCUACUUCAAAAACAUUGCCACGUAGCCCACCUGAAAUGGAGGCUAGUAGCCGCAUUGAAGGGAUGGAAGCAAAACUUCGUGAUCUUGCCAGGAGGCGAGGGAAUAUCAAUACUAUCAUCAGUGAGCUGACCCAAGUCAUACAGCCAAGCGCUAUCGCAUACGACUUAGCGACCCGAUCGGAGGUCACCAAGACUGUGAAAAGUCUUAAUAUCGAACUGGAUGAUAUUAGAAAGGAAGAACACGAUCUCGGCCUCAAGCUACAUCGAGCCUACAAGAAACGAGAUGAAGCGGAUGAAUACAGUGAACCGUCUGGGUUAUGGAUCAGAAGAGUGACUAGCUGA